AUGGUUGCUUUUGUUAGAAAGACAAUGUCACCGAUUGAUUCUAGGGAUCGCAAUAGAGCAGGCAUAGAUACCACUGGUCACAUUCAACGACAAGAUGCGCUUGAUACUAUAAAGAAACUUUAUGCAAACGAAAUCGCGCUUAAAACCGACAAGAUUCUGCCUGACGCAACCGCCACAACACAUGGAUACAGCAAGACUCUGCCUCACAGAAAAAUCGCCACGCUCGAGAACAACUAUACAGUAUCACACAACCGGAGUGAACUUCAAUCAAAACACAGACGAUUUGUUGCAGAAGGGGGGACUGUGGCAUUUUCUGCAAUGAGAGACACUCAACAGGAGCAUGUUGCAAAUAAUCAGAACAUAGUCUUUGAAAAGGUCGUUACGAAUGAAGGAGGCGGGUACCAUCCAAACAACGGUGCCUUCAUUGCUCCAGAAUCCGGCUUUUACGUGUUAUCAUCUAGCACUAUGUGUGCAACAAAUGGGGAGGUUCUUGCUGCCAUGGUUCAUAACGGAAACAUCGUCACGCGCAUGUACUGCCAUGGUGACGGUGGGAGACACGAUCAAGGCAGUCAAACGGUGGUCGUACAGAUGUUUGCUGGAGAUUCAGCUGCCGUGAAAAACAUUGAUACGGUAAAAAAAUAA